AUGAAAACCCGAUGGAACCGCGUGCUAACUAUCGCAUUGAUAGUAAUAUUGUGUACACCUGUGGUAACACCGAAAGCCGUCAUCGAUCAGAAAGCCAAAGAAACACAAAACACUAACGAUCCGGCUCAAGCUCACAAGCGCAUAGGAUAUGACUAUCCAGCACCUGCAGAUCCCAUAACAUUCGACGAUCACGAACAUAAGGUUUCAGAGUCGAUUCCAUUGCUUCAACACGAGGCACAAAUUAGUCAAUAUGAUGAUAAUCUGCACCAAAACUUUGAAGACUCACAUCACCAUCAUCACCACCUUGAAGAACAGCAUGAUCCGGGUUAUUGGAAGAAAAAGUUAAUAUGGAAAGAGGGGUGGAAAAAGAUCUGGAAGGCUGGCAAAAAGCAAAUAUGGAAACCCGACUGGAAAAAGAUUUGGAAACCGAUUUGGGUUCCAACAGAAAUACCUAUUUGGAAGGAUAUUCAAGUGCCUGCGUGGAAACAGAUUUGGAAACCCGUUUGGAAGGAAAUUCAAGUUCCAGCUUGGAAAGAAAUUCAGGUGCCUGACUGGAAAAAGAUUUGGAAACCGAUUUGGGUACCCAUCAAGGUUGCAGCAUUGAAGGAUAUUCAAGUGCCUGCAUGGAAACAGAUUUGGAAACCCGUUUGGAAGGAAAUUCAAGUUGCAGAUUUCAAAGAGGUGCAAGUCCCCGGUUGGAAGCAGUAUUGGUAUCCCGAAUGGAUUAAGGUAGGCAUACCUGGUGAGAAAUUUUUGGGUAAAGAUCACGAUGGGUGGGAAUACACUAGCCACGACUUAUGGAAAAAGAAGCUUGUGUGGAAAGCGGGGUGGAAGAAGAUUUGGAAAACCGAACAAAAGCAAAUCUGGCGCACAGACAAAAAGCUCGAAUGGAAAGCAGCAUGGAAGCAAAUCUGGCAUUCGGCCAAGAAACAAAUAUGGGUAGAGGAUAAAAAGCUUGCGUGGAAGGAAGCUUGGAAACAGAUUUGGAGAACGGAAAAGAAACAGAUAUGGGUGCCAGAAAAGAAACUGGAAUGGAAGGCCGCUUGGAUACAAAUUUGGAAACCGAGUAAGAAACUUGCGUGGGUCCCAGACAAAAAACUUGAAUGGAAAGAAGCAUGGAAACAAAUUUGGGUGCCUGAUUGGAAAGAAAUAUGGCUCCCGGCUUGGAAGAAGAUCUGGAAGCCAGUGUGGAUAUCAGAGUGGUUCCCGUCACCAGACCAUCACGAUCAUCAUCAUCAUCACGAUUGGGACCGUAAAGAUACCUUCUUUGGAAGAGAAGAAGAAAAACUCAUAUUCAAAAGGAGCGAACCUUCUAUUGAACAAUCGAAAACUAUCGAGCAGACCUCUAACUCUUCAGGCGAUCCUGAAACACCGCCUAUGGCUAAAACAGACGCAAUAGAAAGCAAAUCCAAUGCUGGAUUUUCUGCCUGA